GACGGCUCGGAGUCUAUUCGGGUUUACAGAGAGAGAAGCAGGAGCGUUCCCGUGGCCGUCGGUAUCAGUGAGAGAGAGAAAGUUCCUUGGAUCAAGUUUCUUCCUUUUUGAUUGGUAAUGUAAGCAGGAAGUUUGUUACUGGUGGUGGUGGUACUCUAGUUGCAAUGACAACGGAAACGGCAAAGAAGAAGAGAGCUCCACAGAUUCUCAAGAAAGAUACGGCACUAAGACUUGCUGAGAAGUGGGUCGCCAACAUGACGACGCCUGCAGAGGAUGAUCCUAUUGAGGCUCAGCAAGAAGCUCGACCACACAGGCUUGGACUUGGUGCUAAAGUGUCAAAGCAAAUGAAGCGUAGACCCUCAGACGACCCUCUUGACCAAAAACUACAGGCCAAGUUUGAUGCAGGGAGGAGAAAACAUGCAAGAGCUGAGGCAGAGGCUGCUGGUUCUAGCAAGAACGCUGGUGAUGACAGCGAGGAUGAUGAUGACGAAUCAGAAAGUAAAAGCAAAGCAUUUGGAAAGAAAAGACCAAACGCAAGUACGCCUCGUUAGUAUUUUCUGAUGUGGUGUGUACUUCAAAUCAUGGGCUUGUUUGUAUUUGGUUCCAUUGUUGGUGAAGAGCUAAAAACCUUAUAAUUUAUUUGAAUACUAUUGGAACA